AAAAAAAAAAACGAAGUUUCGUUCGACGAACGAGUCGAAUGGUCGGUCUUAUGUAAUUAAAUUUUUCACCGAGUCUCUUCAACGAGUCGACGAAGAUCAUCAUCCGUCCGUCGUUCAGCAUGGAAGAUCCUCCGGAGAUUCAACGUGUACGAGAUAGGAGGGAGAUACGUCGUCGACCCAAAGAACCGAACAACAACAUCCCUCCAUAACUUCGUGGAUUUCCGUAAGGUCACCUUCGGCGAUACUCGUGGCUGAAAUCCCCAAUGCGUUUGUUGUUCCGUUCGAGCUCUCCUCUCGGUUCCCUCUUAAAUUUCUCGCACGCCACGGAACACGCACCUCGCUCCCUCUUCCUCUCUUUUAUCCCUUCUCCCUUCCUAUUCCCCUUUUUCCCUUUCCCAUUUCCCCUCGCCCCUCGCAUCCCCUCUCCGCCACCACCACCACAACCCCCGACACGUCCAGCCUUCUCUCCCGGUCCUGUGAAGAACGCGGGUAUUCAGGCAGGCAAGGCAGGCAGGCAGGCAGGCAGCCCGAGUGCCGGAGUUUACCACCGACUCCGUACCGUUGUUGGCCUAUUCAAUUUUACACCGUACCCUUAGUUCGAACUCGACCAGCGACGGGAGUGGACAUGUAACAUGUAACGUACAUCGAUACAACGUUCAAUACCGAUGGAGUUGAAAGAAACGUGAUAGCAAUAUCGUCGCGAUCGUUUGUCGAUUAAUUUCGUUUGGUAAAUUGCGACGAACGAAGGGGGAAGAUAAAAAAAACAAAAAGUCAGCUACCUCCGAGUUUUUUCCACCAAUGGAAGGAAGAUAGCCUCGGUUCGAUUGAAACGAGGAUAAAAUCAACGCUCUCCGUUGAUGGAUUUGGAAACGAUCGGCCCUCUACGAUAAUACGGAACACCGCGUUAGCUCGAGGAUUCAUAAAUUUUCGUAUAAUCCGACCGGGAAAAAUAGAGGAGCGAAAGAAAAAUACAUCGAAUCGAGAUCGGUGGUCGUCGUCAUGAUGUCGGAUUCGAGUGUGAUUCUCCCCAACCUUCGACUUUAGUUACGAAUGACGAGAUGACGAUACGCGGGGGGAGGUGAUAAUCAUGUCGUAUUUUAUAUAGAAAUAACAUCGAACGGGUGUCCGUAACUCGAUAGAAGUCGCGGUGUAUCGGAUCGAAAGAAGAAGAAGACGAAGACGAAGAAGAAGAAGAAGAGAAGGAAGAGGAGCGUAAACAAAGCGGCAACACGCUACACCUCUACUCUGUUUUUUAAACUCUCCGAUUAAAAUCAGCUGUUUUAUCGUGAUUGUCACACACACCAGACGUCGACGAUUGGAUAAGUUUUUUCGAAAAAAAAAAAAUAAUAAAUAAUCAUCGUCGCUACGGUAAUGAGAAUUAAAAUUGUUGCGAAAAAAAAAAAAUGGCCGGUAAAAUAAAUUUCUCGGAGGGUUCGCGAGCGGGUAAUCGUAAAAAUUCAUUAAUAUCGUGUAAAAUUUCGCGAUAAAACGGAAAGGAAAUUUUGCGUGUGGUUUUUUUUUUUUUCUUUUUUCUUUUCUUCCAUCUUACGCAUACAUAUAUUCCUUUCCCGUAUAUAAAUCGACGACUAAUCGUACCCGCUGUCAUCAAUUGAAGAUUUGGAAUCCGGAGUGCCCAAGGACCUGCCGAUGGAUAUGACCGCGGAGUUCCCUCAUCGCGAAGAUUCGUUGAAAAUCGACGAUUGUAAAUUAUUUCCGAAGAACUAAAUCCGAUCUCGUUGAUACGCGACAAAAAAAAAAAAAAAAAAUCAAAAAAAAAAAAAGUUUCGCCCGUUAUCGUCCGUACGCAAAAUUUGAGAACAAAAUGGAUUUACUACCGAGUGGGAUGCUGGUGCCGGCGAAGAGCGUGGAUUUGGCGUCGUAUCACUCGACGUUUUACUCGCCACCCCCUACAGAGGCGUCGCGUUCUGGUUACGAUUCGAGCAGCGGUGAUGAAUCCGAAGGAGAAUACGGAUCCUCAUCUUUAAACCCCGCCGGUUCAAUAAAUUCAAAUUCUGGUACAACCGCUGCUCAAAAUGGACCAGGAAAACACAUAAACAAAGGAAGGUGGACCAAAGAAGAGGAUGCGCUUUUGAAGCACCUCGUUAGUACGACCGAAAGACUUGGUUCCGGAUUAAGAUGGGACGCCAUUGCGUCGAAUUUUCCGGAUCGAAGCGACGUCCAGUGUCAACAAAGAUGGGUCAAGGUUGUGAAUCCGGAGUUGGUCAAGGGCCCGUGGACAAAAGAGGAGGACGAGAAGGUUGUCGAGUUGGUGGAGAGGUACGGUCCCAAAAAAUGGACGUUGAUAGCGAGGCACCUGAAGGGCCGUAUCGGAAAACAGUGUCGGGAAAGAUGGCACAAUCAUCUGAAUCCCGGAAUAAAAAAGACCGCUUGGACCGAAGCGGAGGAUCGCGUGAUCGUCGAGGCUCACCGAAGGUUCGGCAAUCAGUGGGCAAAAAUCGCCAAACUUUUGCCAGGGCGGACCGAUAACGCGAUUAAAAAUCACUGGAACAGUACAAUGCGACGAAAGUACGAGGCCGAGGACGGCAGGGUGUCCUCGUCCAGGGGUAGAGGAAGAAGAAAAAACGCGGACAAUGGGAUCUCGACGAAGAAGGAGACCCUUACUCUUCAGGAUGAAAAUUCUGCACAGGGUAUCCUGGCAAACUCUGUGUCAACCAGUGGAGAUAGUAGUUCGACUUUAACCGCUGCCAACACUUCUCAAGGCUUGGAUAUCGAGGCUUUGGAUUGGGCGAGAGCAUGGGAACAACAACAGCAACAAUUCCACCACCAUCAUCGGCAAAUUAAUGAUCGUAUCGGCUCCGAAAGUCAGCUCAACUCUCCGCCCAGGAAUCAAUCAACCUCGAGAGGAAAAACCGACGUUUCACCGUUAAAAUAUUUUGACCUGGAGAUACUUUCGGACGUCGCGAGCUCAAGGACGUCUGACAUUCGACUGAUGCCAAUGCCUGACCUUGAGGAGGUGCCAGCACCCGACAAAGAAAAGUCUAGUCCUCCGCCGAUAUUGAGAAGAAGACGCGUUACCACGACAAAUACGGCGACAACAACGACGACGAGUACAACCACCGCUAUCCUGAACACCGUUCAAAGAACGGAAACUCCUGACAGUGGUAAUCAGUCCGAUUAUCUCCUCGGGCAUCAUCAACAUCAAGUUGGAACCGCGCCAACGACACCCAUCAAGCAACUUCCGUUCAGUCCUUCGCAAUUCCUCAAUAGCCUCAGCCCGGAAGCUUCGUGGCCGAGAGCUAGCACGCCGAAGGGAAGUCCCGGCCCCUUGACAACGCCACAGCCUACGGGUCUCAGAAAGAGUCAGACAGGUGGAAACACCCCGAGGACGCCUACGCCCUUCAAAAAUGCUCUUGCUGAGCUGGAACGUCGUAGCGGUGCAACGACGCAUCUUCCAGCGACGCCGAGUCGCCUCGACGCGCUUACGGAAAUAAUAAAACAAGAAACCGACCGUGAAAGUUUGGCCAGCACAAGCAUACUUCAGGAUUCCGGAUACGGUACCGGGAGAAGACGCGGCAAAGAGAACAGCGCACCUGGUGGAAAAAGGGCUCGAAAAGCCCUUUGCCAAGCAUGGGCAAAUUCACACGACAAUUCGGACAUGAGUUUCGCGGUCGAGACCCCCAGUAAAAGCUUGGAUACCUCAGUACUGUUUUCACCUGCGUCUAUGGCGUUGGAUGACAGCUUUUUAGCAGCUGGACCGAGUCCAUUGAAGACCUCCCACGACUUUGCGUCCAUACAUCGGAGAACCAAUGCCAAACGCGCGAUCCUCUUCGAAGGGAUCGACACCUCCUGCGGUUUCAGCCCGCUACUCGUCAGACCCCUUAAACGAGCUAAGUUGGAGAUUCAAUGGAGUACGGUAGCAUGCGGGCAGACGCAAGAUCAGCUAGAAAUGACCAGAGCCGCCCAUCGUUUCCUCAACAAUAGUGGAUCAUUUGCACUGCGCCCACGUUCGCUUAACUUUUGAUUUAUUUAUAAUCUGAUAUAUACUAUCCUAUCAACAGUAAGAUAUUUAUAAACAAGCAAUGCAUCAAAUUAAUAAUAUAUUAUACCAAGCAAAACUAAAAUUUAAGUAUUGUCAAUGAAAUCCAGGUACGUACCAUAUUUACGUAACGGGGAAGAGAGGGCUUCGAUACCAAUUGCUGAUUUUGCCCAAAAUAUGUUUUCUUUUUUUCUUUUUUUUUUUUUUUCUCAAAUACAUUUUUUCCCCCCUUUGAAGAGAUAUUUUUCCUCGAUUUCUAUAUUUAUGUUUAAAAAAAAAAGUGGUUUAAGCGGCAGUCGGACUGAUUCUUUCAUUGCAUUCAUGUGAGGAAGCAAAUUUGUAUCUAGUAUUGAACAUAGGAAAGUCAGCGUUGAUCAGUUUGCUACUUCAUUUCUCUCCACUCCAUUUCUCUAUUUUCUAUUAUUUGUAAUUAUAUUUAAAACAUUAACCGUUGAUGAAAGAAGAUACGAGAAAUGCAGUAGAACUGAAUAACGUACCAACUUUCAAAACCAAACUGAUAUCAUAUAAGUUUUUAGUAUCAAAGAAACUUUACAAAAAUAUACGCUUCAUUUAUUGUGUUAGUAAGAAGUACAAAAUAUAUCCAAGAAAACACAACUAUCGAUAUGUCUGUUAAAAUAAACUUGAAUAUAAUAUAGUGAAUUCAUGCUCGCGAAAGCGGAGAGUGAAAAAAAAAAAAAAAGAUUUAUCAAACUCAUGAAUUAUUUUAGAUACACGUUAAAUUUGGGAUAUUUUUGUACUUCCCGCAACCCCCAAAAAUCGUAUUUCUCGCACGUGUUUUCUUUUUCGUCUACUUUUUUUUCUAUCAAUCCCCAGAACUCCACGUCGUUCCACUGAUAGUCAUUUCUGGCAUUAAUCUCGUUUAUAAUAUAAAAAAAAAAAAAUAAAAGUAAAUAAAUAAAUAACAUAAAAGUAAAAAUAGAAAAAAAAUAGAAUAAAAUAAAAUGAAAUAAAAUGAAUAAAUCUGUAUUAUAAAAAUGAGAUAGGUCUUAGACUAUUUUGAAGUUAAUUCACAUAGAAUAUUAUAAAUUAAAAUGUGGAGUGUAAAUAUUGUUUCUUUUGGAAUUAAAGCUAGGUUUGACGCUGAUAAAUCAUAUACAUACGUAUUUACCUGUAAUGCAGAUAACUUGUGCAUUACGUGCCACAUUAAUUUUGUAGUCAAAAAUAUUAAUAAUCUUAAUAAUAAUAACAAUACUUGGAAAAAAGAUGUUAUUAUUUGUCUAUAGUUAUUUAUAAAAACUUUGCGCAGCUCAUGUAGAUUUUUGAGGUACUUUAGGGAUUUUGUUAUUACAAAAAUUAAAGCCGAGAUGAUCAGUCACAGGUUUGACAGUCAUUUCGAAGCUAUUCGCGGUGGUCGAAUUAGUUUUGCACAAGUUCUCUGUAUAACCCUGAUUAUAAAGAGGUUUUUUGACUCUUUAGCAGAUUACAUCUAUAAUUACAAUUCAUUGUGCUUUAUUUUAUACGUUUGUUUAUCUAUCCAAGGAAAUUCAAAAAUGCUUUAUUCGUCCCACUUUCUCUUCUCGCUAAAUUUACUCAACGGUGACUUGAUGCAAGAAACUGUUGGUUUCUUUAAUUGUUAUAUAUUGUUCCAAAGCUCUGUCGACGUUUGUCGUAAUUUUCAUGUAGUAUUCAGCUCAGAUCUAUGCAAUCAGAGGGAGAAUUAGCUUCGUUUAGUAAGCAGUUGUACGACAGGAUUGUCAAAUUUGAAAUUUGGAAUAUCAUUGGGACGAAUGUUAAAUUUGUAAACAACCUCCUUGGCGACUUAUCGUAUUAUAAUACUUACAUUCUGGCGGCCGUUAUGUACAAAGAGCCUUGUAAUUGAUAUUUAAUUUGCAAUAAAACAUCAUAAAAACCA